CUUUCUUGUGUUGUUCAAUCCAACUUUACUUUCAUUCUCCAUUAGCUAUGGCUGAUACACUACUCAUUGAUCUCUUCAAGCAAUUGGGUUCAAUCGCUGUUCAGCUUGCUAAGCAAGAGAUCAACUUGCUAGUUGCCGUUGAUGAAGAAGUCCAAAAGCUUCAAGGCAAGCUCGGAAUGAUCAAGGCAAUGCUGGACGAUGCUGAGGAAAGACAUGCAGUGAAGCGGCGAACGGAGAAGCUUUGGUUAGAGCAGCUCCAAAACCAGUACUACGUGAUGGAUGACAUCUUGGACACCUGGAACACUGCAAGGAUCAGAGCAGAGAUUGAGAAAGAAGAAGGAAAACCAGCUGAUACUAAAGCUCCUGCUGUUGUCAAGAAGAAGGGAUUUGUACAGCUGGGAAGAAUGGAUUGGGAUGGGAGGAACGAAAGAAGAAGAAGAAGAAAAUGAUAAUGGUAUUGUUACAAAUCUGAUAAUAAUAAAAAUAAUGCCACGUCUUCAGUCCUUGACAAUUUUG